CACACGAUUUGAUGUUACGAUGUUACAUCACAAGAAUGUAAUCCUGCUGGUAGUUGAUUUGGCUUGAGUCACAAACCCAGUAAUGAUCUUAUACAAUGAUCUGAUUUAUCAGUCAAAGCUAUACGUCUAAUCCCCGGCAGAUUUGUUGUAGCCUUAUUCUGAUACGGUGCCCCUGAUUAAGCCAAUCAAACCCUUUAAGAGGUCUAUUACAGCGCAUGUUGGUUAAGACUUGAACAACUUUCACUGUAUGUCAUAGUUAAAUAAUUAUUUUGUAAAAUAAUUGUGCAGUAACAAAGACUAAAUACAGAUCAACAAGUGCGAGCCACUCCUUCAAGUCGCAGAUAUCUGACAUGCCUCCGGGAACUUACGCUGCGUCUUUCCCGGAAGCGUGUAGUGCAGUGCGGGCGUCUCCGCUUUCAGUUCGCCAUACUUGCACAAAGCGGCAGAGCGCAGACUAUUGGUGAAAGAAGCUGGAAAAAAGCAUCGGUGGAAGCUAACGUCAUGGCUGAGCAGGAGCCCACUGAGGAACAGCUGGCGGCCAUUGCGGCAGAGAACGCUGAGACUGAGGCAGAGUUGGUGAACUACAAGCCCCCUGCCCUGAAGACCCUGCAGGAGAUCCACGAACUGGACAAGGAUGACGAGAGCUUGCAGAAGUACAAGAAGGCCUUGCUCGGAGACGGCCAUGAAUCUGUUGCAGACGGCGCAGUUCCAAAUGUCCAGGUGACACGGUUGACCCUGGUGUGUGAUGCAGCCCCGCAUCCCCUCACUUUAGACCUGCAAGGAGAUCUGGAGGAAUAUAAGAAGCAAAGCUUUGUGCUAAAAGAGGGUGUUGAGUAUAGAAUUAAGAUCAGCUUCAAGGUGAACCAGGAGAUUGUGUCUGGCCUAAAGUUCACCCAGCAGACCUUCAGAAAGGGAGUGCGAAUUGAUAAGUCCGACUACAUGGUGGGGAGCUACGGCCCGCGGCCCGCCGCCGAGUAUGACUUCCUGACCCCGCUGGAGGAGGCGCCCAAGGGCAUGCUGGCCCGGGGCACCUACAACAUCAAGUCCAGGUUCACCGACGACGACAUGCACGAUCACCUCGUCUGGGAGUGGAACCUCAACAUCAAGAAAGAGUGGACAGACUGAGCCCGCCUUCUAGCCCCUUUCUCUCCUCCUUUGUUCUUCCCUUCGUUCCUUUCAUCCUUCAUUUCUUCAUUCUUUUCUUUACUUCCGCAUCCCAGACACCCCUCCCCUUUUAUCUCCCUUAAACCUCCUGUGCCCCCCCCCCCCCCUCCCCCCUUCUCUCCGUCCAGAGGUCCACAUCCAUGUUUCCUCCAUCACUACAACCCACCUGGUUCACCCACAUUCUCCCCCCAAGCCCUUGUGUUUUCCAAUUAAC